CGGCAAUAUGGUACACCACUCCGGCCUUUCAAAAAUCGCUUACGCACCGCCCAUAAAAAAACCAAACUAACAAACCAAGCCGAGAAAGCAAGAACACCCUUUGGAAAACGAUCGUCAUGAAUUUUUCAUAUGCUGCGAUCGCUGCACUGACUGCUGCGAGCAGACUUCGUUUUGUCGAAGCAACCCCUUUCCCCAUUGGCCGCUAUGAGCUGUUUGCCGAUCCAGAUUUUUCCCUACAAUUGGAUAGCCUCGAUCCCUCCCUCGAAGGAAAAUUCAUUGUCGAAGGACCGCAAGACAAGGUGGUACUAAACGAUGACAAUGAAAAAUAUUUCUCAUUUGAUUUGUAUACAGUUCCUGGAGGCGACGACGAACCAUGUGAUGCAGGAGAGAUCGUGGCAGGUGUUUCCCUUUGGACGAGUGGUGUAAAUGAUGAGAUUUAUGCCGCGUUGAAGCAAACUUCCGAUGGACAUUUUGGUGCGUACGUAUUCUCCCUAAAAGCUUAACAGUUUGGUUUGGUCUGUCUGUUUCGCGCAGUGUUUCGCGCACGUUGGUGGCGUAUAUUUCAGCAUAUAUCUCUUCCGUAUGAACAUACCUUCCGUAUUUCGCGUUCUUACUCCCGACGACUAUCAUGCGCGACUAAGAAGCAAGAAAUGGUGUGUUGGGAGUGCGUCUGAAACAAGAACAAAUCUAAUGAGUCAAAUCAAAAUUUGACCGGAUGACUCCUUCAACAACUCACGCUCUUGGUCUUCUCAUGUUUGCAUCGUUGAGAUACAGUGAUUAUUCAUUUUUCGAUCCCCAAUGUUCGCACUUCCGAAUUCUAUACGCAAACUGGUCAAGGGACGGGCGUGGCCAAAGCUUGUAAGUGCCAUUGAUCAUGUGUCAUUUGGAUGGUGUUGUGGUGAUGUUUUUCUCACCAUUCUUCCUUGUGCGUGCGUGGUGCACACUAGGUAUCCGGGCUGCCCUGUUAUCGGAGACCGGUACCAACCAAGACGAUUUAGAGGUUGUUUCCUAUCUCGACGCACAAUUGACACUCAAUGUCGAUGACACAGGAGCUUUUCUCGCAGGCGGUUUUGAUCAAGAGGUGACGCUUUCUUCGUCAACAAAAUUGAUGCAGAAUGAACAACUUAUGAACAGAAUUCCCGUUGAGUCUUUCGUGUGUGGUACAAAGGGCAUCAAUGGCGGGUCACCAAUCGAAGAGGAGUUCAAGAUUGGUCAAGACUUCCAGAUCUGUAUUCGUCCAACGGAUGUUGAUUCAGACUUCAAAGUCGUGAGUUUCAAAGACGUUUUCUGCGGCAUUGCAGCUGACGGCACCGGUGGCACCAAACUAGUAGAUGAUACUGGAGCACCAACUAGCGAUUUGACCAUUGUCACAUCAGAUGUUGAAGAAAGCAUGGAUACAGCCGGGACUCCAAUGGGAGUUCUUGCGGCCGCAUUUAAGAGUGUAGUCACCCCAUCAUAUUUUUCAGGCGCGGCAGAUUCUUUCCGAUGCAAAGGUGAAGCAAUUUUACAGCACAAGGACACCCCCGUAGAGGAAGACCCCGUAGAGGAAGACCCCGUAGAGGACCCUCUCGGAGCCAUAACAGGUUGCCACUACGUCGUCGAUAGUCCUUUUGAACUAGCUGCGGACGAGACAUUCCAAAUGGGUUUUUGUAUCAAUGGUGUUCUUCCAGUAACUACGACCAAUGCAUUUGUCGGAUUUUUGUGCCCUCCAGAGAUCCAGGAGGAGUAUGGGGGUACAUUUUGUACAUAUGGGACAGGUGCGUUUCAGCCCAUCCCUUCGCUGGACCCAGUCGGGUUUUUUUUUGAAGGUGAAGCCGUACAACCCCAAGAGGUACAAUUGUAUGACCCCGAUGUCACACAAAAAUGUAUGGGGAGAGGAGUUUUUUACAUGCAUCAAGGGGACGGUGUAAGUUGUCAAGAUUGUAUUUGCACAAAGUCACAAAUGUUUCUGUAGUCGCUCUGCUCUCUCACCACUAACUUGCAACGACAAUCUUAAAUGAUUCUCGGACAAAGAUCGAUCCUGAAAAGGUGGGACUAAGCGGCGACUCGUUCAAGUUUA